AUGCAGCGUGGGGAGGGUCUGGGUGGGCGUCUGUCCGCGGUGGCGGCUCUGGCGUUGGACGUGGACCCCACUUCACCACAGUUUUUGUCCGCCUCAUCAACCGCCCCCGUGGCCUCUUAUGAGCGGCAACCCUCGCCGCCGACCGUGGACCCUAGCCAUGGGUCCCAAAUGGACGGGAGAUUCUGGCAGCGCCGGACGGACGAGAGACUCCGGCUGCUCCGGAGUGUCAAUGGAGGCUCCCAUUCACUGUACUCCAGUGUGGGGGAUGAUGUCAGUCUGCCGUGUACCAAUGUGGUCCACCCUGACUGCUCCUCUACAGUGUGGCUCUUCAGCAGAACUGAGUCUCACAGUGCUACUGAAAAGGUCUUUCAAGGGAAGAUCCAAAAUGAAGGAAACGAGGGCAGUGAGAGUCCGGGAGUAGGGUCUGACUGCUCACUCCGUGUUCGUAACAUUGGCACUGAGGAUACUGGAGUCUAUGUCUGCCGACAGUACCCUACAGAUGGCAGAGUGCUCUCUGCUAACAUAUGUGGUCCUCUAACGUUUGACUCCUUCGUUAGAGAUAUCGUUAGGGUGAGCUGGGUGAAUGAGACAGGUGGCGAGUUGCAGGGAGACUCCAGAUACCAGGUCACACGGGUGUCUGGCUGUGACAUCACUCUGACUGUGAAACUUUGGAGAAAGGAUAAGAACAGGAAGUGGUGGUGUCAGCUGACUGAGGGAACGAGGAAGACAUUUGUCUACCUCACUUCUAAGGUCUCAGCAUAG